CUGAUGAUUGCACAUAGAUUGUAAAUUUGUUGCUAAAAUUUCCCGUUUAAUGUGUGCUUGAGUCAUUCAGUCGUGCCAAGUAGUAAUUCCUCACUUAUAACAUAAUUUUUAUAUCUAAUUCAAAAUAAACGGGUAAGCGUGCACACGUGUUAGAGCAGCCCGUUUACACCAACAAGAAUCAAUAAAUAUGGAUACAACUGAAUCUCCAGGUGUUGCAGAAGGUGUAGAUGCGCUGACUUUGAAUAACGUUGGCGAUACUAAAGUGGUGGAUAAAGUGCCGAACGGUGUGGAGGCUACCGAGGAUGAACGUGAUGUUGUAGAUCCGUGGAAUGUAACCAGCACCAAUGAUGAGGGCAUCGACUAUGACAAGCUAAUAAAACGCUUUGGGUCUUCGAAAAUAGAUGAAGAGUUGAUAACACGCUUCGAAAAGAUAACCGGCAAACAAGUACACUAUUUUAUACGUCGUGGCAUAUUCUUUUCGCACCGUGAUUUUCAUACAAUUUUGACCCUAAAGGAACAGGGUAAACCAUUUUAUUUAUAUACUGGGCGCGGGCCAAGUUCCGGUUCAUUGCAUAUCGGGCACUUGAUACCAUUUUAUUUAUCUAAAUGGUUGCAAGAGACAUUCGAUGUGCCAUUAGUAAUACAGUUGACUGAUGAUGAGAAAUCACUGUGGAAGGAUUUGAAAAUCGAAGACGCUAUUAAAUUAGCAUACGAAAAUGCGAAAGACAUAAUAGCCAUCGGUUUCGAUCCAGAAAAGACUUUUAUCUUCAAUGACUUGGAAUACAUUGGCAAAUGCCCUGCAAUGUAUCAAAACAUGAUACGCAUUCAAAAAUGUGUCACUUUCAACCAAGUGAAAGGUAUAUUCGGCUUCGGUGAUUCUGAUAUUAUUGGUAAAAUAUGUUUUCCUGCUGUGCAGGCAGCACCAGCACUCUCUAGUACGUUUCCUUUUAUAUUUACUGGAAAGAAGCCAGUACAUUGCCUCAUUCCAUGUGCAAUCGAUCAAGAUCCAUACUUUCGUAUGACACGUGAUGUGGCACCACGUUUGGGUUUCCCAAAAUGCGCGCUCCUCCAUUCGACCUUUUUCCCCGCACUUCAAGGUGCGAAAUCCAAAAUGUCUGCCAGUGAUCAGAAUUCAGCAGUAUUUCUUACCGAUACACCGAAACAAAUAAAGAAUAAAAUCAAUAAAUAUGCAUUUUCUGGUGGACGUGCCACUGUCGAGGAGCAUCGUAAAUUAGGUGGUAACCCUGAUGUAGAUGUAGCAUUCCAAUUGCUGAAAUUUUUCUUGGAAGAUGAUGCCAAGUUGGAAGAGGUCCGUGUUGCAUAUUUGAAAGGUGAGCUGCUAACGGGCGAAUUGAAAAAGCUGGCUAUCGAAGUUGUUAGUCCAAUUGUGGAGGAGCAUCAAAAAGCACGGAAAGCUUUAACCGAAGAGAUGUUGGCAAAGUUCUUUGAAAUACGACCAUUAAAAUUUGCGCAUUAAUGUUGGAAUAAAAUAACAGUAACACGUAUUUCUUAGUUAGUUUGAGUACUUAUUUUUUUAUAGAAGUUUAUUGUGUGUGGUGGUGAAAAGCACUGCAUCUUGGAAUUUAAAAAAUAAAAAUAAACAAAUAGCUUGCAUACUUUUAUGUCUGAUAAUGCUAAUGCAUAAUGUAAAUAUUUAUAAUUUUU